AUGUCUUAUGACCGAUACCUGGCAAUAUGCAACCCACUGCGUUAUAGCACCAUCAUGACUAUCAAAUUACAAUAUACCUUGGUUAUCUAUUGCUGGGUAUUUGGCUUUCUUCUCACCCAGAUUACUCUUUAUUUCCUGAGUCAACUGGAGUUCUGUGGACCCAACGUCAUUGACCAUUUUUUCUGUGAUGUUGGACCUUUUGUUGAACUUUCCUGUUCUUACACGUAUGCUCUACAGUUAGAGGUUAUGAUUAUCUCUAUCCCUAUCAUAGUCAUCCCUUUCAUCUUAGUUGUUGUUAGCUACAUCUGUGUAUUCACAACUAUUCUCGGGAUCCCCUCUACAACUGGUAAGAAGAAAGCCUUCUCCACUUGCAGCUCCCACCUCUCUGUCGUGAUUGUGUUCUAUGGAACUUUGAUCACUAUUUAUGUUGUUCCCGCUAAUGGAAACUCCUUGACUAUAAACAAGUUGAUCGCCCUUUUGUACAUUGUGGUAAUACCUCUUUUUAACCCAAUUGUAUACAGCUUGAGGAAUAAAGAAAUGAGAGUCAUCAUGGGGAAUUUACUUCGCAUUAAGUGA